AUGGCGGACAUAGUGAAACAAAUCCUAGCAAAGCCAAUCCAAUUAGCUGAUCACGUGGCCAAAGCGGCUGACGAUGUUAGCUUAUUCAAACAAGAAUGCGCGGAGAUAAAGGCUAAGAGCGAGAAACUGGCUGGCCUCCUCAGACAGGCGGCGCGUGCCAGCAAUGACCUUUAUGAGCGUCCCACGCGCCGCAUCAUCGACGACACCGAGCAAAUCCUGGACAAGGCCUUAGCCCUCAUCAUUAAAUGCAGUGCCAACGGCUUUAGACGUGUCUUCACCAUCAUCCCCACUGCAGCCUUCCGCAAGACAUCCCAGCAGCUCGAGAAUUCCAUCGGGGACGUGUCGUGGCUCCUCCAGGUGUCCACUCCAGCCAAUGACCGCGAGGACGACGAGUACCUUGGGCUGCCACCUAUUGCUACCAAUGAGCCCAUCCUCUGCCUCAUAUGGGAGCAGAUUGCAAUUCUGUGUUCGGGCUCGAUUGAGGAACGGACAGAUGCGGCCAAUUCUCUUGUCUCGUUGGCUCGGGACAAUGCCCGGUACGGGAAGCUCAUUAUCGAGGAAGGAGGGGUCGUGCCGCUGCUGAAGCUGGCCAAAGAGGGACGAAUAGAGGGUCAGGAGAACGCGGCGAGGGCCAUAGGCCUUCUCGGUCGUGACCCGGAAAGCGUUGAACACAUUGUGAAUGCCGGUGUUGCCGCGGUGUUUGUGAAAAUCCUCAAAGAAGGUAAGAUGAAGGUUCAGAUUGUGGUGGCUUGGGCUGUCUCGGAAUUAGCUGCACAUCACCCAAAAUGCCAAGACCAUUUCGCUCAGAACAAUGUAAUUCGAUUGCUCGUUGGUCAUCUGGCGUUUGAAACGGUUCAAGAGCAUAGUAAGUAUGCAAUUGCUAGCAAACAAGGGAUGUCAAUCCACACACUUUUAAUGGGUAAUAAGAACACUAACAACAUACACAAUGAAGAAGAAUAUGAGCAACUGCUCACUAGUCAGAUUUCUCAUCCAAUGGGUAAUGACAAUCCCAGUCAGAUGCAGAGUUUAAUAACAGCCUUGAAAACCCAAUCCAAGUCAACCCCACCACAGAGCACUCAUCCACCUAGCCAAACUAACCAUGCCAAGACUAACCUCAACAAUCCAAGGCCAAAAAACCACCACCACCACCACCCAACCCACCAUAAUCAUAGUCAGCAGCAUGGUUCGUCCAGUGGAACUAGCGAUAAGGUGAGGGAAUCCGAAGAUCCGGAGACCAAGGCUCAGAUGAAGGCAAUGGCUGCAAGAGCCCUUUGGCAUCUCUGUGAAGGAAAUGUCACCAUAUGUCAAAGCGUAACAGAGUCCAGAGCACUUCUCUGCUUUGCGAUUCUGUUAGAGAAAGGCCCCGAUGAAGUUCAAUACAACUCGGCCAUGGCAUUGAUGGAGAUCACUGCAGUGGCAGAGCAACAUGCUGAACUGAGGCGCAACGCUUUCAAGCCCACUGCACCGGCUGCCAAAGCCGUUGUAGACCAGUUGUUGAGAAUAAUCAUCGGUACAGACUCAGACUUCAUCAUACCCUGCAUUAGAAUUAUUGGGCACUUGGCAAGGACUUUCAGGGCAACCGAGACAAGAAUGAUCGCGCCAUUAGUCCAACUCUUGGAUGAAAGGGAUGCUGAGGUUACUCUGGAGGCACUUGUGGCGCUGACCAAAUUCGCGUGCACGGACAAUUUUCUCCACAUUAAUCACUCCAAAGCCAUCAUAGAAGCAGGAGGUUCAAAGCACCUGAUUCAAAUUGUUUACUUUGGUGAACAAAUUGUUCAAGUGCCAGCAUUAGUUCUCUUGUGUUACGUCGCAAUGCACAUCCCGGAUAAUGAAGUAUUAGCUCAGGAAGAGGUGCUCAUGGUGCUCGAGUGGGCGACAAAGCAGGGGCCUUUAAUACAAGAUCCUUCAAUUGAAACACUGCUGUUUGAAGCCAAAGUUAGAUUGGAACUCUAUCAGUCCAGAGGUUCAAGAGGACUCUAUUGA